GGAUUAAGUUUACGGAAAAGAUUGCAACUUCCGGAACGGAUUGUGUUUUGUUUUUCGAUGAAUAAUUCACCUUCCUGGUUUGAAGACUACCUUGUCAGGAGUAAAUUGAAGUGGACCGUUUCCAGCAGAACACAGGGACUGUGAGCGGGUCAUCAGGCAGUCUCCCUAUGUCAGGCCGAAACGGGUCUGCAAGUGAUGCAGACUGCCCGAUCUCAGAGGACUGCCAGGUCCCGGAUGUGGAACUAAUGGAGCUGGGGCCGCUGCUGGAGGAGGGAGGGGUUCGACAGUCCACCUCCAAAGGCAUCCACCCAGAGGGAGCGGCGAUGCUGGCAGAUGACGAAGACGAGGAGGAUGAGGUGGGAGAGGUCCUGACCUUGCCGCUUCAGGCCCACCACGCCAUGGAGAAGAUGGAAGAGUUUGUACACAAAGUUUGGGAGGGGCGCUGGAGAGUCAUUCCCUUCCAUGUCCUGCCAGAGUGGCUCAAGGACAACGAUUACCUCCUACAUGGACAUCGCCCCCCCAUGCCUUCGUUCCGGGCCUGCUUCGGAAGCAUCUUCAGGAUUCACACCGAAACCGGAAACAUUUGGACUCAUCUGUUAGGGCUGAUUUUAUUCCUGUGUCUGGGCACGUUAACCAUGUUGCGGCCCAACAUGUAUUUCAUGGCCCCGCUCCAAGAAAAAGUGGUGUUUGGGAUGUUCUUCCUGGGUGCUGUGCUGUGCCUCAGUUUCUCCUGGCUUUUUCAUACCGUCUACUGCCACUCUGAGAAAGUGUCCCGCACCUUCUCCAAGCUUGACUACUCAGGCAUCGCCCUCCUCAUCAUGGGCUCCUUUGUGCCCUGGCUGUACUACUCCUUCUACUGUUCUCCUCAGCCUCGACUUAUCUACCUCACCAUUGUUUGUGUACUCGGCAUUGCCGCCAUCAUUGUGGCCCAGUGGGACCGUUUUUCCACACCUCGACACAGACCCACAAGAGCAGGUGUGUUUAUGGGCCUGGGACUCAGCGGCAUUGUUCCUACCAUGCACUUCACCAUCGAAGAGGGCUUCGUUAAGGCCACCACGGUGGGCCAGAUGGGUUGGUUCUACCUGAUGGGGGCCAUGUAUAUCACUGGUGCUGGUCUGUAUGCAGCCAGGAUCCCUGAACGCUAUUUCCCUGGGAAGUGUGACAUAUGGUUCCACUCCCAUCAAAUUUUUCACGUUCUGGUCGUGGCAGCGGCAUUCAUCCAUUUCUACGGUGUUUCUAAUCUCCAGGAGUUCCGCUACGGUCUGGAGGGAGGAUGCACAGAUGACUCUUUGCUCUGAGACGCCUGACUUGUGACUUGUUUGUUUUUUUUUUUUUGUCCUUAUAGCCCCCUGCAAAGCACCACAUGCAUACACACACACACACACACACACACA